AUGGCGGCCUCUAGGACCUACAAGGUGACUCGCGAAGUAGUGCAUCUGCUGGCCGGCAAGAUGAAUAGGGAUGGUCGUACGGUAACCCCCGAUGACAGACGUGGGAUCCUUCGCUUGGUGGAGUGUGACGAUGGGUGCUUGCGGGUCGAAUUCGUCCUGAGGUCGGACGGUUGUGAUGUCGACUCUACAGGACCUGAGGAGUCUUUCGUGGCUGAUAAAGGCGAUAAGUAG